CCACAUAUCAGCUCGGUAUAGCUACAUCGAUUACCCCAGGUGAGUGAUGGGCCCCAGUCCUUCCCGUCCCCGUCGACCGCCUCACUGCGGUCGCCAAUGAUUUUGUCCUGUUGCAAGGCUUCUGUCCAGUAGCAAAACAACAAACCAAACACGGCUUCCAUCGUCACUUGUUUGCCUCUUCUCCGCACUCCACCCUUUAUUUUGUGACCUGACGCCAACUUACAUAGUUGAUAGCUCAACAACAAGCCCUCUCACAUUUCCACCUGCACGGCCACCGGGAGCUUUGAGCUAUCGAUUACGAACACCUGCACCCCAUUGUUUGCGCGUACCGGUACGUUGGGCCCCUAUUCGAUCCCCUCCAUCUCGUAACCGCGUGCUUGCCAGGAGGAGCGUCUGUCGCUUGUUGGCGGCAAUUCAACAACCCACACCGAACAUCACCAAGCUUACCGUACUGUUUGCCUUCUUCACGCCACCGUACUAAUUGCUGACCAGACCGUGGCUUUCUUUAUCCGUCGACUAUCCAACCACACUUACCUCGUUUCACCUUUCCGAGAUAGAUAAUCAUAAUGGCAGGAGACGACACCAAGCCCGCUGCUGGGAACACAUCCCCUGUCGCGAGGGAGAAGCUUGAUGCCCAGAUCAAGAGUGCCGACAUGUCCGAAGAAUUACAACAGGAGGUCAUUGAAGUCGCCCAGGAGGCCAUGGCCAAGUACUCCGUUGAGAAGGAUAUCGCCCAGCACAUCAAGAGAACAUUUGAUGAAAGAAAGGGACCUACCUGGCACUGCAUCGUAGGCCGCCACUUUGGCAGCUUCGUGACCCACGAAACCAAGCACUUCAUCUACUUCUACCUCGGUCACUGCGCCAUCCUCCUCUUCAAGACCCAGUAG